AUGGAGGAUCUAGAAAUGAAGCCGGCCGUCCGCGGACGGGGCCUCAAGGGAGCCGGAUAUGUCAAGCGCAUGCAGGACCUCCGAGACAAGGAUGGACAUCACUCCAACCGAGGGUACAAUCUCGCUCAAUUAGAGGGCUCGGGAACCGCCUCUGCUCUCGCGUACAAGCUGAUUGGAACCAAGUUCGUGCAUUUGCUCAAGCUCAACGAUGGCCUCCUCAAGGUUGUAUACCCGAACCGCUCGACGGUCGGUCCUCAGCGUAAGAUCAGCGAUGAUCUAUCUCAGUUGAUCAAGACUCUCGUGUUCGAUGGCAAUAUCGACCAACAGCUCUACGACUCGAUGUCCGUGGAUGAUCGACGAGUGUUUCACGAGCUACUGCGUAUCACACAUACCCAACACGCGCUACGCGAUGCAAUCAAGGAUCCUCGCGAUGUACUGCGGCAAGAGUACAUCAAGCUGAAGGGGGAACUCAUGCUCGGCCAUGACAACCCGAGCCUGAUCCGCGAACUCAAGCAAGUAUUGAUCGACAAGUAUUCAGCAAAGCUGAUUUCGGAUAAUGAAUUCAAGGAAGUUUUGGUUGCUAUCGAAUAG